AUGAAUAAUAAUAGUAUUAUUUCCAGUCCAUCAACAUCUACAAAAAAGAAAAAAUCAUUAAUUACAUCUAAAGAAAAACAAAAACAUACAAUUGGUCAGAUUAAAGAACUACGUAUGCUUAAUUUUAUGUGUCAUAAAAAUUUUUCUAUUAACUUCCUUGCAACUCCAAUGCAAAUUGUUACGGGUGCGAAUGGUUCAGGUAAAUCAACAAUAGCAAAUGCGAUCUGUCUUUGUUUGGGUGCUCAAGCAAGAACAACUGGUCGAACGUCAAAUGUCCAGUCAUUUAUCCGAAAAGGCGAACCAUCUGCUGAAAUAACAGUCACUUUAGCAAAUGAAGGAGCUGAAGCUUACAAACCUGAACUUUAUGGAAAAGAAAUUCAAAUUAUACGAAGAAUUGGUGCUAGACAAUCAAGUUAUAAAGUUUUAGGUGAUAAUCGUAAAGUAAUUAGUACACGUAAAGAAACUAUAGCUGAAAUAAUUCAAGCUUUAUCAAUAUCACCUGAAAAUCCGUUAUGUGUUUUACAUCAAGAGAUUGCAAAAACGUUUUUAUUAAAUAGUGAUGCUCGAAAGAAAUAUCAAUUUUAUAUGAAAGUCUCCCAAUUAGAUCAAAUAAAACAAGCUUAUGAAGAAGCUGUAUGUACUGUACAAUCGAUACGUCAACGAAUUGACAUAAUGAAACAAAAACAUGGCGAUAUGCUUCGAGCAGUCGAACCAUUAGAAACACAAGUGAAAAAGAUUGAACUUCGUCGUACUCAAGAAGAAAAGAAACAUAAAUUAGAAGCUGAACUUAUUUUAGCUCAUGGUGUUGAAGCACAACAAGAACUAACAAAUGUUAAAAAUGAAUUAGAUCAAACACAAAAAAGUAAAGAUGUCAUUGAAGAAAAAAUGGCUGAAACAUUAAAUCAAAUUUGUAAAGUCGAAAAACGAAUAGAAAAUUUAAUACGUGAUAAAUCUGAUGUUGAAAAUGAUUUAUCUGGUCCAAAUGGUUUACGUGAAUUAAAUUAUCGAUUUGGUAAAGAAAAAAAAGAACUGGAAUUUCUAAUUUAUCGUUUAUCACAUGAUUGUGGAAAAUAUCAUCAAACAUUACUUGAUCUUGAACACGAACAAAACCGUUUAAAAAAACAUAUUAAUGAAUACGAAAAUCUAAGUCAACAAUCAAAUCGUAGUGAAGAAGAACGUUUAAAACUUGAUGAAGAAAUUCAAGAACGUCAACGAAAACAAGCAGCAUGGGAUCAAUCAAUAGUAUCGUUUAACGAUGAUAUAAAUGUUAAUGAUGAUACUAUUCGAACUAAACAAUCGACAAUUGAUUGUAUACAGAAUGAAUUAAGACAAAAACAACAGGAAUUAGAUGAAUUAAAAAAAAUUGAUAAUGAUAAAACGAAUGUUUAUGGAUCGUGGAUGUCUGAUUGUUUAAAAGCAAUACAAGCUGAUAAUAGAUUUCAUGCGAAACCUAUUGGACCUAUGGGUCAAUAUAUACAUUGUACUGAACCACGUUGGUCAUAUGCUGUUGAAAAACAUUUAUCAGGAAUAAUGGUAUCAUUUAUUUGUACAGAUGUUCAUGAUGAAAAAAUUUUACUUGAAAUAUUUGAUAAUUAUAAUGAACGUAAUUAUCGGCCAACUAUAUAUCGUAUGAGACAUACUGAUAGAGCUCAUGAUGUUUCAGGUACUCUAGAACGUAUAAGACAUGCAAAUCUUUUAUCUAUUUAUCAAGUAUUAAAAAUUGAUAAUAAAACAGUUGAAUGUGUAUUAAUUGAUUACAGACACAUUGAAGCAACAAUUUUAGUUGAAAACUUAGAUCAUGCUAAAAAUAUUAGACAAACUGGAGUCUUACAUUGGCAAGCAAUCGAUAAAAAAGUCAAACGAGUUGCUGAAGCAUGGACAUAUGAUGGUUCAAAUGUAAAAUUAGAUCGAGCAUUUCGAAUUUAUACAAAUGAUAAACAACCAGCAAGAUAUUUUACAUCAAAUAAUACACAAUCAUUAUCAAAUAAUGAAAUAAAUAUUGAAAUUAAACGUUUACAAGAACAAAUUAAUCAAAUGAAUUUAUCUAUGAAUGAAUUAAAAACAAUUCGACAAACAACAGUAAAUAAUUUUCAAAAUAUGCAAAGAGCAAGUCUGGAAAAUAAAAAGAAGAUUCAAGAAUUAAGUCAGGAACUUGAACGAUUAAAUUCUGCAAUGCCAGUUACAUAUGAAUAUACACUUAAUGAAUUAAAAGAAAAACUAAAUGAACAUAAUCAAAACCAUACUAUAACAAAAGCAAAAUUUGAAGAAGUAAAAGAUAGUAAAGAAAUCCAACAUCAACAUCUUGCUGAUGCGACUCAAAAACAUGACAAUAUAACUCAAAAAAUAGUAUCAAAAACUCGAGAACUUGAUGCUCUUACAGAACAAAUCAACGAUGAACAAUCUGAAUGUCAAGAAACUCAACAACAAAUACCAAGAUUAACUAAAAAAUGUGCACAACUUAAUGAUGAUAUUGAAAAAUGUCAAGAGAGAAUAAGUGAAUUAACUAAAAAUCUUCCUAAAAAAUCGAAAGCUUCUAAAUUGCCUGUUCGUUCUGUUCGUGACGUUCAACAAGAAAUCGAUGGAAUAAAUAAUUUUCUUAAAUCAAAUGAAGACACUAUCGAACAACGUCGACAAGUCAUCGAUGAAUAUAAAACAAAACGAGAUGCUGCGUAUGAUUUUAAGAAAGUUUGUGAACGAUGUCAUCAACAAAUGAAACAUUUAGAUUCAUUUGUUAAUAAACGUAAAGAAUCUUUUGGUAGAAUAGCUGAUCAACAUCAAUAUUUACUUCGACAUAAUUUUAAAAAUUUAAUGGAAAAACAUCAUUUCGAUGAUUGUGAUAUUAAAAUUAAUCAUAAAAAAGAAGAACUGGAAAUUAUUAUUAAAAAAAAUCAACGUAGUGUUGCUUCAUUAUCGGGUGGUGAACGAUCAAUAUCAACAUUUUGUUUUUUAAUUGCACUCUGGGGAUCUAUCUAUCAACCUUUUCGUUUACUUGAUGAAAUAGAUAUUUAUAUGGAUAAUGAAAAACGUAAUUCUUCUCUUGAACUUCUAUAUGAAAAUACUCAACAUUAUUCUUCAUCUCAACAUGUAAUAUUUACUCCACAAGCAAUUGAUCCGAAUAUAUGGAAACCACGAAAUGUGCCUGUUUUUUGUAUGUCCACACCUAAACGUUCAUUAGAAUAA